GAAAUGAAACACUGCGAUGCAAGAUAGAAAAAGAAAAAGAAAUGCCAGCUUUGCAGGUGCAUCAAAAUUGAUUUUAAUUACUGAAAUGCUCUCUCCAACUACUGUUAAAUGUUUGUUACAAUUAUGUCACUAAUAUCAUGUCAAAAUAUUUCUCUUUUCCCAGUAAUGUAGUGUAGUACUAAAUAACAUAAAUCUAAAAUACAUUCUAAAAUCAAAAUCAAAGCUAAAUGACAAAAAAUAAAAAAACAAAAUACAAACAAUUAUAUAUAAAAUGUUAAUGAGGUGUAAAACCAAUAUUAAGAUGCUGUUUCUUAUGAAUAGUUGGAUUAAAAAAUUUGAUGAAAAAAGAUAAAUUGUUUUAAAACAUUUGUAUUGUAUUGUGACCCAUCUAACCCACUUCUCUGUGAUUUGAGCAUAUGUUUUACACAUGCACACACACCCUCUUUCUUUUCGCAAACACACCCUUUCUUUUUACACACGCACACACACAACACUACACUUCAGGCAGCAUGGGGCCACUUCAGAACAAAGUUCAUAUAUGGUUCACCUCUUUCCGCUCGUUCUGCUUUAGCAAUUAUGUAAAUAUCUUACAACAGUCGGCCAUACAUAGCCUACUUUUUGUGUGUGGAACAUGAAACCUUUGAGUACAAUCCUCACUGUUUCCACAUUCCUUCUCAAACUCAGAAAAAUAAGCACUAGAUAAAGAUUUGUUACAGUGUGUGUUGUCUCCAUGGAAGCCUUUUCCUCUGAUAGCAGAUCACAUAAAUUAGCCUAGCUCAUCUCAUUUCAGCAGCUUCAAUAUUUCAGAAGUACUGGCCAGUAAAUAACUCGAGCACUGUACGACUUGUUUUUUUCCAUGCAUUACACAUCUCUAGAAGGUACUGAUUAAAAUCUCUCCGACCUGUUUUGGGUUUAGUUCGAAAUAUUCUUGACCUUUUUCAUCAGACUACAAAUACAUUUGGGAUGAAAACAAUGUGGUGUCCAUGUGUAUAUAUUUUUUCUGUGUGGCCAGCUGUCUUUUAAAUAAAGGAUGAAACCAUUCAGGAAUUAAAAAACACAGAGUGACUGCCCAAAAUACACAGUGCUUCCAGACACGACCAUGAUGUCCUCUUUUGAAACUGACUCUUUUAUUUCUCAUGACGGCUGCCUUCCUGCCAGAAAAUAAAUAAAUAAAUAAAUAAAUAAAUAAAUGAAUGAAUGAAAAAUAAAACUGGGUCACUAGCAUCUUAUGCUGUAAUCCCGGUUCCCUGCAUCCAGACGUGGGUAUUUACUGUAUGUUCAGCCUGCUUAGAAGUCCAUGAUACUCUGAUUUCAUCAGACUAUAGAUGUUAACCCCAUGAUAUAAAUCAGGUUUACUAAAAGAAAAAUGUUAAGAAAAUGAACAGGAAAAAUAUUCAUAACACAAGUGUACAAACUUUGGAUAUAGCAGAAAAAUGCCCCCCCAAAAAUGUGUAUUAUAAAAUGCCUAAAUAGCAUGCAGCACGUCUUAUAUACUACAUGAGUUAUAUACUGUGUAUUUGUUUUAAGUUGCAUAAGUCAUAAGUUUAAGUUAUACAUUAUAUAUACCAUAACCGUUAUAUACAUGCAGUUCAGCUGAAUGAAUGAGGGCAUCUGAUCUUCUUUCAUGCCCUCGUGACUGCAGGCAACGGUAGCAAAAAUCAACUCACCACGUUUUUCCUUUGGCAAACAGUAUAAACAGUACAAAUAUGUUAACAUCUAUAUGACUUCCCCACCCAAGCUUUAAAGCCCCACACAUGCAGGAGAUGAAAAAAUGUAUGUAAAAUACAGGUCACUUGUCAAAGAAUGGGAUGCUUUAUCUGGCAACUGAGACAUGCGAUUAGACGCAGAACAAGAGGUUUCCAGACAGUGAGCUAUUGAAAAGAGAACUCCGAAAGAGAGGCCUCGUGUUUCAGCACCGGGGUGAACCAGUCUCACACAAAACAGUCUAUCCUGCUACUGUGUGUCUCAAUACUUUUGUAGCUUUAGUGGUGAAACUGGAGGCCUUUUCAUCGGAGCAACCUGUGGAGUAAAGGCAUGCCACGGAUUUGCUUCGAAAUCAGCAAAACAACGGUGACCUACAUAUCUCCUUCAGUCACAUUUCUUUGACCUCUUUCGGCGAUUAGAAACAAUACUAUUACAUCACAUUAUAUAUGUGUAACGUUUAAUAAGUCUGGCGCUGUGACGGGCUGCCUAUACUAGAGUGAUGCUAAUUGUGUGACAUUAAAGUGAUGUGAGGCCAAAGGGCUGGGAAUAGAGGCCUGACAUGAUAAAGAGGCUCUUUAUUCUUCUCAAUGAUUAAAGGACAGUUUUACAGAUUGGAUGUGCUUUAUUAUAUGGGUAGAAAAUAACAGUCGAUUUUUAGCACGGUCAUCUUUCAUAAGGUUCAUGAAACAAAAUAUCACAUUUUUUGCCCUGUUUUUUUACAAGGGGCCUAUAAUAAACAUAGUUUGAUACUGUUUAAAUAUACUUACAGUUUUAAAAAUGUGAUUGUUUGUAUUCUUUCAUGUCGCAUUACACCCACUUAUCUGUGAUUUGAACACACACAUACACAACUCCUUUUCUUUUUGGUACACUCCUCCACAUGCUACACUUCAGGCUGUAAGGGACCGUUUUAGGAUAAAGUUCAUCCAUAGUUCACAUUUUUCCUCAUGUUCUGUUUUAACGAUUAUGUAAAUAUCUUGCCAAUCUGGGUGUCCAACAUAUGUAAUCUGAAACAUGAAAUAUAGAGUUCAGUCAUAUUUUAUAUCCCUCCACAAACUUAUUGAGAAAAAAACGCAAGAUUUGUAAAAGUAUAAUACGUACAGACUCGAACUUAAAUUCUCCAUUUGCUUGACCCUCGAUUUCAUCAGACUAAAAAUACAUUUUGAGUGAAAACGAUGUGGUGUAUACAUUUUUUCAACAUGGCCAGCUGCCUUUUAAAUAAAGGAUAAAACCAUUGAGGAAUGUUGAAAAAAAAAACACCGAAAUGACUGCCCAAAUACACAGUGCUCCCAGACGCACCAUGACGUCCUCUUUUGCAGCUGACUCUUUUAUUUCUCCGACUGGAUGAUGUCCUUUAUUACGUGGGACCGAGCUGAAAAAGCCAGUAAAGAUAUCAAUAGGUUCUUAGCAUGAACAUCUUUCAUAAGGCUUCUUCGCAGUGCCGUUGCAUGCCAUGAAUGUGACUUUUGUUUAAAGCCAAGAAACCGUAACGGGGGUCAGUACACACAUGCUGUAAUAAUUACAUUUUGAGUUUCGAGUUUAUACGUACAAGAAAAAGCAGGUCAUCAUCAGAGGUUUUUCAUUAACGACUGAUUCUACACAAUGGUGCUCCCAUUUACAAGGGAAAUAUGACACCAAGCCGGAAGCCAUAUGUAGAACCCUCAAUGCUCGCAUGCCAUUGAAAAUUUUCCUGUAUGUGUGUGCCAGUAUGUAAGAUGGGCAUGUGAUUACACGCCAUGAUUGUAUAAUGCCCUGUUUGUGAGAUAUAUUAUUGACAGUGUCGGUGUGUCGGCAUUAAUUAUGUAGUGUCUGAAACACCACCGAGGCUUCCUACAGUUCACCUUCAUUAUAGGAUGUGACUCAUUACCAAAAUGCCACCAACACAGGCACUUUUUCGAGGCUGUGUUUAUGUUUAAAUCCAGUCAAUGAACCUAACGCGAGUACUACAGAAAGCCAGGUGCCAUCAAAAGUGCCCGCUCUGCCCCCCUCUUACCUCGGUGACUGCUGCACGGACUCUUGGGAGGCCAGUCUGCGCUGCCACUCAUGUGUUAACAUUGCCAUAGCAACCCCUCUCCUUUCCCUUUCCUUGCCCACAACACACAGAGGGGACUAAAUCCUCUAUUCUUCCCUAAAAAACACACACUUGGGGGACAUUUUUGGUACCCCACCCACCCAAAAGAGACAAAAGUCCAAAUAUUUUAUUUGACUGCACUACUUGUUUAUGCCAAUAUACAAAUUGGAAACAAAUGAGGAGCCAUCCUUUUUCGCUCUGUGGCAGAUUUUUUUUGCGAACAGAGCACCCCAGAAUUUUACAAAAGGCGCUAUUCUGUUUUUUUUUUUUUCGGAAUAACUUCUGCCAUUCUAUCAAAACACAAAAAGUGUCCACCAAAAAGAUUUCGGAAUUCGCAAAAGAAAUCAGUUCUUUAUACUCGUGCAAAGGGGAGAUAAAUGCUGAUGUGCUGAGUUUGAUCACCGGUGCGACACACUCAUUAGAUACAAAAAGAAAAAUGGCGGAGCACCAUGAAUUGUACUGAGUCAAGUGCCAGGGCUGAGCAAAUGCCAGCUCCUCCAUAGAAAACCGCGCUUGAGCAGCUGAGAUACUUGUAUUGGCGACACUCCGGCGUUAAGCCAAAAGUUUGUCUCAAAAAAGUACUAAGGUUAAUACAGGCUUUUAAGAGAGGUUUUGGAGGAUAUUCUCCCAUGGCAGUUCUUAUUUAUAUUUGCUAUUCAAAUACAUCAAUUCACUCCUAAAAUUUACUAAUACGGUUAUGUGAGCCAUUGCAAAAAAGUAUUUUUGUUUAUACAUGCACAGUAAGCUUACAGAAAAAAAAUUAUAAAUCAUUUUUGACUGCUUUUACAGCACAGAUUAAGGACAUAGUGGCUAAUGUAAUUUAUGAAUACUCCAUAUUUGUAAUUAUGCUUGGAAAUCCAUCAUCAGACAGAUUCUCUCUUAAUUCGAGGAACGUUACAUAAACCAUAGCUUUUACUAAAAAUUCACAUACACACACACACAAGUAAUUUAUUAUUUAGUCCAUUAUUAUUUUUUACUAUCAUUUUUGGUUCUGUUCUAAUUAUACACGUUACACAAAAAAUAAGCAAUCUGUGCAUACACGUACAGUACAGACACAUCAUAGUUUAUAUUCAGGAAAGGUCAAAUUCUGAAUGAAAGGCAAUUUCCUCUUAUUACAACACUGGCGAUCAGAAAAAGAAUAUUCUUUAAACCCACACAGAGAACAGACCUCCACCUAAAAAGAGAUGCACAUUUUUGGUGCAUUUUUCGCCCGUGUUAACUUGAUAUACGCGUGAUUUACAUGACAAAAGUGUAGUGUACUUGCCAAAAAGUGAUUAUUAUUGAAAGGGGUGUGUGGCAGAGUUCAGACGGAACACCACGAGCGCCUAUAAUUUCAAACAAUGAUUUAUAAAAUGUGCAAUAUGACGGGCAGAGUUACGCUUUAGACUUAAAUCUGAGUUUGAGUACAUUCUGUACCCAUUAACAGUUGAAAGCGCGUGCUUGCUCAUAUCUGCGCCAGCUUUAAAUUACAUGCAUCUCUUAAAGAUUCGUCAACGUGAAGAUCUUUUCAUCGACUAUGCGCCACUAUUUCCCUUUUCCUCGCCGGUUUUCAAACUAACAGCCCGUGUAAGGCAAUCAAUCAAAUAUCUCGUUUAAAGAGAAACCUGGCGCGAGGAGCGACCGACUAUAGUAACAUCACAUAGGCACGGUGUAGCGUGCGAAUUAUCAAAUUGGAAGCAGACGAGAACAUUGGGUAACAAACUGUAAGAAACUGGACGUGGUUGUGGACUUGCUAUCCAGAGGCACCCCCUUUACGCCAGAGUGGAAAUUACACCUACAGAGACUCGCAGCUUUUUUUCUUUGACAGUAGAAGCGAAGAUAAAUCUGAUUGGUUAAAGCCAGACAACACCCACUGCCCAUUACGAGACGGUUGCCAUGCGUUUUUGGCUUUUCCUUCAUUAUGGCCUGGCCUGAAAUUUUAAUUUCCCCCGUGUGAAUGCGUGGUAGACAUCGGUUAUGUAUGUGUCAGCCGAACGUCGCAAAUAUUGAAUAUAAUCAAACAUGGGUAUCAUUGCAAUAAAUGAUCUUGUCGUGUUAAACCAGCUGUUGUUAUUGACAUCGAAGUAGAAUUAUGCUUUCGAGAACGAUAGAACGUUAUUAGCAGUCAAAUUAAUUAAUAUUAACAUUUUUGAACAAUAAAGAUGAUGAAUAAACAAUUUUACGAGAAUGUUCAUUGUUACAGUAAACAAUGCUUCGUGGUUCAUUUGCAUAGGCUUAAAACUGUGGUUGGAUUACAUUUUAUUAGAUUUUUUACGUAUUUAUAUGGAGCUUUAUCUGCCUUUUAUGCAUUGUGCUCUCUCUCUCUCUCUCUCUACUACGUGUGUAAAUACGCUUAGUCGCUUACCUGUAAUUCACUAGAGCGAAGAAUCACGCCGCCUCUGUUUUCCUCCAAAUUCAAACUCCCGUCCAAUAGGCGCAGGGCAGAUUGUCCAAUGAGGUUCUUGCUUGGCGGACACGUGACGCAUCAAACUCGACUGGCAACAACUCGUCGACCAAUGGCCGUCUGUCGGUGGGAUGGGUCCUCCAAAAGUACAGGAUAGACGAAUUCCCUGUCUAAUAUUCCUCAGGAAACUUUGAAGUGUCAUAGAUUGUAGCAGGUGUUCACUAAAAUAUUUUAAGUAAUGGCUCUUUCCCAGUGUCUCGAGGAUUCGCCUGGCUGGCAGACACCGAGGACAGGACAGGAUUUAAACCUGAAAGAACUUUACAAUGAGAGACACCGACUGGCUCUAGAAGAGUUGGUUGCCGGUGGAGUUGAAGCCUUCAUGGGUUUCCUCAAAAAAGAGAGAAUUCCCAACUUUCUCUCUGAUGACGAGAUUAGACGGAUUUCGCGUGCAGCAGUUGUUCCGAAAUCCGUGUCUUUGAUCGGUGACGAUUCUCAUUUGGAGCAAUCUGGCACACUGGACUGCUCAUCUGUCACUUAUUUCCCCGAGAUCUCUGAUAUUGAACCUCCAGUAUUAGAAAUGGGUUGGCCAGCGUUCACUACAGGAUCGUUCCGUGGAGUAACGCGUGCUGUUGCAUACUUUCAGCCGAGUUAUGGCGAGUGCAUUUAUAGUUGCAAAGAGGCGGCCAGGAGGAUGAUAAAAAAUGCAAAGGAGGUGAUUGCUAUUGUGACUGACUCCCUGACAGACCUAGAUAUCUUCCAAGACUUGAAAGAGGCCUGUACACACCGCAGAGUCCCCGUGUAUAUUUUAUUAGACCAGUCUGCUGCUCCCUCAUUCUUACAGAUGUGUAAUAACCUCAAUGUACAGUUGGAUGAUCUGCAGCACAUGAAAGUAAGGAGCAUAACAGGCUCUACCUACUACAUGAGAUCAGGUGCUCAGAUCACUGGGAAGGUUCACGAGCGAUUCAUGUUGAUUGAUGGGAACAGAGUGGCUACAGGUUCAUACAGGUUUAACUGGACAGAUGGCAAACUCAACAGCAGCAACCUUAUCGAGUUAUCUGGCCAGAUAACUGAGAAAUUUGAUGAAGAGUUUCGCAUCCUCUAUGCCCAGUCCCUCCCGCUGCCAGCGAAUACAAGAGCUCCCUCUAGUGCCAGAAACAGCGGUAUAUAUGACCACCUUGUCCUCAAACCACCUGGAACGCCCCCCUCCCGCCUGGCACGAACAACAAAGACUCAACCAGACUGUAUGACUAGCACUCCAGCCAGACUUCAGACCCCAGAGAUCCAACAUCAGAAUAGAGACACUCAAGAUCGAGACAGAAAGAGUAACCCAGUUUCUGAUACCUUCACGCUGGGAGAAGACUGGCUAGAGCACGAGCUCAGGGAGGAAGUACUGUCAUCCAAUGAUCCUGUUCGUGUACAAGCGAAGAAUGUUUGCAGUCUUAUUACUACUGAAACUCAGACAGAGGAUGUGACGAUCACACCCCAGGUACCCUACUGUCAUAUAUCUACACAGACGACCCAUCACACGGCAGACGUCGGCGUACAGACAGCUCCUCAGGUCGUGAACUCUACAUUACAAACCGUCUCGGGCAGCAACCUGAUCGGCUCCGGCACUUCGUCCAACUCCAGUUCUUCUUCACACAGAAAUCUAAAAGAGGCGGACCGUCGCCCACCUGUUCGCACCGCAGUCCCUCGAGACGGCAACCUGAGGGAAUGCAUUCAGAAACUAACCAAAGAACGACAAUACCAUUACUCCUCCAUUCGCUCCAAGCUGGAUCACAUGGUAAUUCUGCUUUCUCACAAGAGAGAACUGACGGAUCUCACCAACCUGACACUGAGGCCUGGCCUACACAGGGGACGUAAUGGCCAGCAGGAGGGCAGGCUGGUUCACGGUACCCUUGACAGCGUGGCUAUGGGGACGUGGCCGAGGUCAAGGUGUCAUCAGUAAAGUUUAGGAGAGUGGCCUGGAGGUGGUGUUAGUGUCCACCCUGCUAAGUUUUAGUAAUGCACUUUUAAGGAAAACAAUCUUUAUGCAGUUGUUUAUGAGGAAAUAUGUGAAAAAAGGAAAUAAUAGAGAAAUACAUAUUUUAAAUGUUACAUGAUACUGUUAAAAAAAAUCAAAUGUGCAUACAUACUGAUUUUGUUUUCAAACUCAUUGUAUUAGAGUAAAGGUAGAGGUAAAUGCUCAGCAAUGAAUAAAUACUGUACGUUUAUAAUAAAUAAGUACUUUUCUUUUGGGUGAUAUUUAUGUUUGAGAUCUAAUUUUACAGUGUGCUUUAGUACCUGUUUAUCCGCUUUUGACUUUUAUGUUGAUUUUCUUG